AUGGAUAAUGAAUAAGAAGUGGCUAUUAAACUUGGAAUUGUUGGAAACCAAGGAGCAGGUAAGACAUCCUUAAUUUUGAGAGUGGCUGAGAAAAAAUUUUGUGGAAAUUAGAAUUGUGGAGUCGCUGUGGAUUUUAGAUCAAUAAGAGAUUACAAGCUAAAUGGAAAACGUGUUAAUCUCAAUAUUUUCGAUAUUGCUGGUCUGGCUAGAAAUUCUGAUUUAGCACUUUCAUUCAUAAAAGAUGCUUCCGCAUUGGUUCUGGCAUUUAGCUUACCAGAGUAGGAAUAUUAUGAGAAUUAAGAAGGUUAAUUAAGUGAAUAACUUGAAGUACAAAUUCAAAAUUGGACUGAUAAAAUUUAUGAUAAUUCUUCUGAAAAUACUCCUGUGUUUAUUGUGGGAUGCAAGCUUGAUUUAGUUAAGGAUUAAAAAAGAUUAAUUCCAGCCCUUGAUGAGAAUUUAUAAGAAAUUCUAAAAAAAUGUAAAAAAGUCAACAUCAUCAACAACUCAGAUAAAAACAUGAUCUUCUUUCCAACUUCGGCACUUUCAGGUAAUGGAGUUGAUAAGUUAUUCUAAAAAUGGUCUUCUGAAGCUUCUAAAAUCAAAAAAAGUCAUGGAUCGACUCUCAAAACGAAAUCUCAUUUGAAGAAGGAAAAUUAGAAAGAAUAAUGUUGUUGA